GCUCCGGAGCGAGCGCCGAUUUGCUGAGUGGCUGCCAUGUCCGGGCGCGGGAAGCAGGGCGGGAAGGCGCGGGCCAAGGCCAAGUCGCGCUCGUCGCGGGCCGGGCUGCAGUUCCCCGUGGGCCGCGUGCACCGGCUGCUGCGCAAGGGCAACUACGCGGAGCGGGUGGGCGCCGGCGCGCCCGUGUACCUGGCGGCCGUGCUGGAGUACCUGACGGCCGAGAUUCUGGAGCUGGCGGGCAACGCGGCCCGCGACAACAAGAAGACGCGCAUCAUCCCCCGCCACCUGCAGCUCGCCAUCCGCAACGACGAGGAGCUCAACAAGCUGCUGGGCAAGGUGACGAUCGCGCAGGGCGGCGUGCUGCCCAACAUCCAGGCCGUGCUGCUGCCCAAGAAGACCGACAGCCACAAGGCCAAAGUCAAGUAAGCGCCGAAGAACAACGCCCAGGGAAAUUUAAACAACAGAAACCCAAAGGCUCUUUUCAGAGCCACCUACAAAGUCAGAAAAAGAGCCUGAAUUUCACUGAAAUUUGAAAA